AUGGCUUCAUAUGUCUACACCGAACUCCAAGCUACAAUAGGUGACUUGAGGCUGGUCAUCUUGCAGCCAGGCAGCUACCGCGACGAGUUGCGCUGCAACAUUCUUCAUUAUCCACUUCUCGAGCCAAAAGAACCUUUCAAGGACGAAAGGCUGCCUGUGAGCGAAUUGCAGAAAACUCUUCCAGAUGGCUGGACGGUGGAUCAAACUCUGGAUGGGCGAUACCUGUUCAUGAGCCCACGCCACUCAGGAAUCCCUAAUUCUUGGAAACACCCAGAUCCCGAAUAUGAUUCGAAAGCAUACGCCAUGCCAGAGCAUUCUGUGAGCGACAUCUUUGCGUGGCACGUACCUCCAUAA